AUGAGUAGGAAUCGCGAAAACUCUGAGUUAGAUAUUGAUAUUGUUUACAAUCAAUGUUUGAUUAAUCUUGAAGAUAUGGUCAUUGCUAUGUCAGGUAAGACUCUUUUACAAUUUGGUCUCACUUCACCAUCUCGAGAACAAGAAUCUGGUAUUAUUAAUCAACAAUAUUUAAAUGAAUUAGCUUAUGACACUGAUAAGUUAACCGAAGAAGUGAUAAAAAGUGUUCCGAUACUGAAUAAAGAACAGAAAGAAGCAUAUGAAUCUAUAUUGAAUAGUGUCGUUUCUGAUUCUGGACGAUUGUUCUUCCUUGAUGCUCCUGGUGGAACGGGAAAAACAUUCUUGAUUAAUUUGUUGCUUGCGAAAAUUAGAAGUGAAAAAAGUAUUGCUAUUGCUGUUGCUUCUUCAGGAAUUGCGGCUACUUUAAUUCACGGAGGCAAAACAGCUCACUCGACAUUUAAAUUACCUCUUGAAAUGAAUCAUUCUGAUAAUAUUCUAUGCAAUAUUUCUAAGCAGAGUUAUAUGGCUCACGUUAUCAGAGAAGCAAAACUGAUAGUAUGGGAUGAAUGCACUAUGGCUCACAAAAAUGCUAUUUAA